GGUCAAUGGCGGUAGGAAGCAACGAGCACGUUUUCCUUUGAUCACAUCCUAUAUAUCCCUCCCCCUCACUCGCCCCUUCUCUUGCCUCUCAUCAUCAUCCACAGACAAUAACACAACAGAGCACAACACACAUCUCACCACCCAGCAGCACACAUCUCCACUCAUGAGCUGCACCAGAACAUACGCAACACACGCCUUCUUGACCAAGCCGUCCGCUGCUUCGGUCCUUCGAGCCAUCAAUGGCUCCACCGCCACCACAGCUGCCCGGCCCAGCUUCAUCGGUCUGCAACAUCAGGUCGCCACACGCAACUUGAGCACAUCGAGAACUAUACAGAAGAAGCAAAGCCAAGACUACUUCCCCGAGCCCGAUGCUCCAAACAUCAGAGAAACACCUCCAGCAUGGGAACAUCCCGUCUACACCUACGAGCAGAUGAACCAAGUCCAAGUCGCCAGACGAGAAGUCAAAACCAUGUCCGACCGCGUCGCUCUCGCUUUCGUACGACUACUUCGAUGGAGUUUGGAUACCGUCUCAGGCUACCGCAAAGGAGCAGGACAGAUGACUGAGCGACAAUAUAUGAUCCGCAACAUCUUCCUCGAAUCGGUCGCUGGUGUUCCAGGCAUGGUCGCCGGCAUGCUUCGCCAUCUUCAUUCCAUGCGUCGCCUGAAGCGAGACAAUGGCUGGAUCGAGACACUGCUCGAAGAGUCCUACAACGAGCGCAUGCAUUUGCUCACAUUCCUCAAGAUGGGAGAACCAGGAUGGUUCAUGAAAGUCGCCGUCCUCGGCGCCCAAGGCGUCUUCUUUAACGCCUUCUUCGUCUCCUACCUCAUCUCCCCCAAGACCUGCCACCGCUUCGUCGGCCAUCUCGAAGAAGAAGCCGUCUUGACCUACACCCGCGAGAUCGAAGAUCUCGACGCCGGCCGUCUACCCCAAUGGGAGAAGAUGACCGCACCAGACAUUGCAGUCAAGUACUGGAAAAUGCCAGCUGAUCGACGCACGAUGCGAGAUCUGCUGUUAUACAUUCGCGCCGACGAGAGCAAGCAUCGAGAAGUGAACCAUACUCUGGGGAAUUUGGAUCAAAAGGAAGAUCCAAAUCCUUAUGUCUCGGAGUUCCACGAUGAGGAGACGCCGCAUCCGGUGAAAGAUUUGAGGCAUCAGAAGCCGACGGGGUGGGAGAGGGAGGAGGUGAUCGGAAAGCUUGGCAAGCCGGCACACGUGGAGCUUUUGAAAGAGGCGUAGAUGGAUCUUCUGCCAGAGACUACAGUAUCGGCGUUCAUCAUGGGAGUCGGUGAUUGACAUUCAGGGUAUUUGGAAAGCGUUCGAGCGAUGGUCUUUGCGCGCAGGGAGCGCUGGUUUGUACUUCUCUACUCUAGAAGGCGGCGCAAAGAGAGCACUGCAGGCGUUGGCAAUAGACCACGCGAAUUUAACGAUAGAACUUGAGAUCAGCCUUUUUGAAAAUUUCCUUGUAAUCUCGAGAUUCGCUUUUUGCUCAAUUUUGCAGCUAUUGGUUCAUCACCGGCAGCUCUGCUGCGGGAGUGGUAUGCCAUGUAAAGUAACGUGGGUAGAGCCAGCUCUGUAUACUGAAGCAUCUCCGCAGGUCUCUGGGUAUCGUUCGU